AUGUUACAGCCGUCUCUUACCUUAUACCUCCUUACUGGUGCCGCUACCAUCCCAUACCGUGACCACCGGACUUCCAUCAUGUUUACGGCCGACAAGGAUAAGUUCAACGAUUUGAGGAUGUUAGAUGACGGGGCUGUGGAGUUGAAUAGGCGGCAUCACCAUUCAUUACGUCCGUUCUCCGACCACCUAGCACCGUCAAACAGCCUCCGAGCAAUUGCUACUUCAUCAAUCUCCAUCAGCAACCAGUGUUGUCGAACCCCUUACCACCUCGCUGUUGUCGCUGUAAUCAAUUCCGAUGAGGAGACGAAGCUACAGAUAGUCGUCACUGUUGAAGACAAGGACGAAGCGCCUCAUGUCGCCGCUUCUAUCGCUCACAGUUCCACCAUCCCUCUCGUCCCUUCGCUCGGUGAUUCAUUCCAAGCCAUAAUCACCAUCUGCCGCCUCUCAGAUUGGCCGCCAAGGGUGCUGUCAAUCAUUAGGACUGCUGUUGUCGACUCUCCGAGAUUCCGCCAUCAAGCUGCCACUGCCAACCACUGUUGUUAA